GAAAAUAGAACUGGUUAACAGACUAUAAAGCGCAGGCUAUAAAAACAGGGAGGCUUGUUGAUCUUUUUUAAUUGACAUGUGAAGCAUGUCCUUCUUAAAAGGCAGCGUGCUCCGUGAUCGGUGCCUAGCUCUGUGCUUCAGUGGUCAGCCAGCCCACCUGACUGUCUUAAAUCCCAGACAGCUCUGGCACACAUCCCAGACAGCUCUCUCUGCAGUGUGCUUACCCAGCGGGAGCGGCAGCACUCAACACUCACUCUGCUUUUCUCCUACCUUCUGCUGGAGGAAAAUACAGCUGCUGCCACACCACACAGGAUCUGUCUUUCAGGGUGGCCAAGGGCUGUUCACUUGCCUGUUUGCACAAUGGUACCUGUCCUGGAUUUAGACGAGAUUUCUUGCACGGUUGUUGCAGUGGAACAUGACAUCGAGACCCCCCAUGGCGUCCUCCACGUCACCAUGAGAGGCACUCCCAAGGGGAAAAAACCUGUCAUCCUCACCUACCACGACAUUGGGCUUAACCAUAAGUCCUGCUUCAACACGCUGUUCAACUUCGAGGACAUGCAGGAGAUCACCCAGCACUUCGCUGUGGUUCACGUGGACUCCCCCGGGCAGCAGGAGGGAGCACCCCCUUUCCCUGCUGGGUACCAAUACCCUACCAUGGAUGAGUUAGCUGAGAUGCUGCCUUCUGUCUUAAACCAUCUGAACCUGAGCACUAUCCUUGGGAUUGGAGUUGGAGCUGGGGCCUAUAUUUUAAGCAGACUUGCAUUGAACCGGCCUGAGCUGGUGGAGGGGUUGGUGCUGAUCAAUGUGGACCCCUGCGCAAAGGGCUGGAUCGACUGGGCCGCUUCAAAGCUCACAGGCUGGACAAGCACCCUGGUGGACAAUGUGAUGGCUCAUCACUUCAGCAGUCAAGAACUUCAAGACAAUCUGGAACUGGUCCAGACGUAUCGGCUUCACAUCGCCCAGGACAUUAACCAGGACAAUCUGUAUCUGUUCGUCUCUUCCUACAACAGCCGCAGAGAUCUCGAGAUCGAAAGACCUGUCCCUGGACUCAAUGAAGAUACAGUGAACACACUCAAGUGCCCUGCCUUACUGGUAGUUGGAGACACCUCUGCUGCAGUAGAAGCUGUGGUGGAGUGCAAUUCCCGACUAAACCCAACAAAAACAACUCUACUGAAGAUGGCAGACUGUGGUGGGUUACCUCAGGUUGUCCAGCCCGGAAAGUUGGCAGAAGCUUUCAAGUACUUUGUGCAGGGAAUGGGCUACAUGUUACAUAACCACAGUUUCCCUUACGUUCAGCUCAGCCACUUGAACAGCGAAUCAGUGCCCACCGUGAGCAUGACACGUCUGAACCGAUCACGCACCCACUCCUUGUCGAGCGUGGGCUCAGGGGAGGGGACUCGCAGGAGCUCACACACCAACAGCCAGCUGGAGGGGGCGGCUGCAGCAGUCAACAACAGUGGCCAGGCCCGGACCAUGGAGGUGUCCUGUUAAAGACAGAGCCCUCUACUGCCGGCCAGCUCUCCACCCCUGUCCCAUCUUCCCUUCUGCAACCGUUAUAAAUAUAUAUUACAGAAUAUAAAGGUUCCAAUACAAGAGCUUACAACCCUCCACAAUGUACAGCUUCCUGUUUUCUUGUAACGUAUGCAUGCUUCCCCAACAUACCUUUUUUUUUUUUUUUUUUUUAUGUUGGUUUUUUUUCUGUGUUUUGACUUUUAUUUCUGCAAGGAAACGAGUAAGUGGGUUUGUGUGAAUUAUCAGAAUGAGAUUCCUGUGAGCUACAAUGAUUUAAUUUCUGAAUUUACACAUUUACAAAAAAAAACCUUUUAUCUUUUUCACUACCUUCAGUCAAAAUAGACUCACAUGCACUGUUUUUUUGUUGUGAUUUUGUGACUUAAAUAAUUGCUAACUUCAAUUGCAAAAAUAGUGUGAAAAUGGUCUUCUAGUACUGUAUAUUUUUACGCAGCAUUUAGUACAUUGAUGUAAGAAAGCAAAUUGCUGGGAUUGUAGGUAUAAACAGAUUCUUGUAGCUGUCUUGGUUUAUGUUUUGUGAGUUUGUGUUUCAGUCGUUGCACCUUUGUGAAUCGGACAACAGUUUUUCUUUCUGUGUUUGCCGCCUGUAUUGUGCUGUUACUGUGGGUGUGAUGAACAGGAAACACCUUGGAAACUGCUUAUUAAAGUGUGUAUUAACCAUG